AUGAAUCUGCGCCAGGUCCUCACAAACUCACUCAACGUGUUGAUGAUGCUCUUCGGCGUCUUCAUGUCAUACAAGGCCUGGGGUCUCUACACCAACUGCGAAUCCCCCCUCGUCGUCGUCCUGAGUGAAAGUAUGGAACCCGCAUUCGCAAGAGGAGAUAUCUUGUUUUUGAGCAACCCCAAGAAGGCCGUCGACAUUGGCGAGAUCUGUGUUUUCAAAAUCCCAGGACGCGAUAUCCCUAUCGUCCACCGUGUCAUCGAUCGCCACGACUCGCCAGAAACAGGAAACCAGUUGUUGUUGACAAAGGGCGAUAACAACAAUGUCGACGACAGAGGAAUCUAUCAGGAGUUGUACAUUAACAGAGGCAAGAUGUGGAUCGAGCCCAAGGAUGUUGUCGGACGCGUCCAAGGUUUCUUGCCCUACCUCGGCAUGUUCACCAUCUUCAUGACCGAUUAUCCACUCUUGAAGUAUGCCCUCCUCGGAGGUGUUGGACUGGUCGUCUUCCUUUACGAGUAA